AUGACAGAAAUUGAUAAAGGAACUAUUGAACCGACAAAAAAUGAACAUGCUAUUACUGAGGUUCCAACAAAUUCAAACUUUAAACAUAUUACACUUGACGAAGAAAAUGAUUCCGAGGUUGACAAUUUUGCCGAUGCUUACGGUAGUCAAGUUGAUGUUGAAGAGAAUGAUCCGUAUGAUUAUAAUGAUUACACUUCAAAUUACGAAAGUGAUUAUGAAGAAUCAGAACAAAAGGAAAUUGAUUUAACCCAAGAAAAAAAAGUUGACAAUAAUACUAAUAUUUCUUCUGAAGUUCAAGGUCAAACUUUAAUUUCUUGUGUGUCUUCAAAUGAUGACGUUUCAAGUGUUGACGAAAAACCCGAAAUUUCAUCAAAUGUAGAAUCAAGAACUGAAAUUUCAACUGGGGAGAAUGAAGUUGAAAAUACUACUGCUUCUAUCACUUAUCAUGACCAAGGUCAAAAUUCUAUUUCUAAUACGUCUUCAAGUGGUGAAGUUUCAAAUGAAAAAAAAACUGAUGAAAAAACUGAUAUAGUUAUUUCACCAAUUACAGCACAAUCAAGACGUGAGAAUGCAAGCCGUACUUCUAGUACCGAUUCUUUUCAAACAGAUGUAUCAGAAAAAGAAAAUUUUAAUGUUUCUGACCACGAAAGUGAUACAUCAUAUGAAAAAGAUGAAUUAGAAAAUGGUGAAAAAAUUUUUAGAUCCAUAGACCAAGAUAAAAUAAGUACCGAUUCCGGUAAAGAGAAAUUGGAUAUCGUAACGACUGAAGUUGAAAGCUCCCUUGAAGAGGUAUUGCCCAGUACACUUGAUAAAUCCGAAGAUGAUUCCGGUGAGGAUAAAUUAGGUAAAUCUUUGGAUAAAAAUGUUAAUAAUUUGAUAGAAAAGACUUCAAAUAGUUCCUCAGAAGAAACUGAAGACAAAUCUGGUGAAAAUAAUAAAACAGAAGAAAAAAGCGAUAAGCUUAAUAAGAAAUUGGUGGAGAAUUCUCCUACAGAAAUUAUUUCAGAAACUAUUGUUGAUGAUAAAGUAAUAUUAGAAUCUUCGGCGGAAUUUGAAAAUAAGAAAUCAGAUAACAUUAAUUUUAAUGGAAAAAAUCUGCAAAAUAUUCCGGAUCAUAAACCGGGAAUUUUGCCAAUUAAUACCAGUUUUUCUUCAUUUUCUUCUGAAUACAAUCAAAGUGUAAGAGAUUCAAUGACCGAAUCUUUUACCUCAAAACCUAGUAGUUUUUCUUCGAUUUCAAUGUAUCAAUCAGUCGACCUUACGAAUGGGAGAGAAGACAAAAAUACAAUUUUAGAAAAAAAUGCUUUAAAUCGUAUUUCUGUAGCCUCUCUUAGGGAGAAUCCAGAAUUAAAUGAUAUUUCUUUAGAUGAUGAAUCUUCAAAUGUUCAUGAUUCACCUAAAGAAUGGCAUCUUUCUGAUUGGGGUUUCCCAAAAACACCCACUUCGUUAAAAUCAAUUUCCACUUUUUUUAGUCCACGUUCAACCACUUCUACUGUUACUUCAACAUCAUCAAAAAGUAGCAGUAGCAGUGAUUCCCGUCGUAUGUCAACUGUAUCAAUGACAUCUACUGGUUCUAAUUAUGAUUUAUUAUUAGCAAGGCUUGAAAGGGAAAACCAACUUUUACAAGAAGACCCAAAAGCAAAAAGAAUGUCUCUACAAGGGAUUGCCGAAUUAAAGGCUAGCUUCGAACGUGUGCAACAUGAAGCCCAGAUAGACGACGAUAUUGAUUGGGACUUUUGGGGUCAAAUAAUUUCUGAUUAUGAAACAGUUGCAAGGACACAGCCGCGUCAAUUAUCAAAAAUGAUUCAGAAAGGGAUUCCGCAAGCUUUGCGUGGUAUGAUAUGGCAACUUAUGUCAAAAUCUAAAGACAGUGAAUUAGAGUCAACUUAUGCACAAUUGUUAAAGGAAACAAGUACUCACGAAAAAAUGAUAAUGAGAGAUUUAAAUAGGACUUUUCCUAAACAUGAAUUUUUUAAAGACCAAGACGGUUUAGGACAAGAAGGAUUAUUCAAUGUAGUAAAGGCAUACUCACUUUAUGAUACAGAAGUUGGAUAUUGCCAAGGAAUAUCCUUUGUUGUUGGACCUUUGCUUUUAAAUAUGCCUGAUGAAGAAGCGUUCUGUGUACUUGUUAAAUUAAUGACAUUUUAUAAUAUGCGAAGUCACUUUUUGCCCGGAAUGGACGGUUUGCAGCUUCGUCUUUAUCAAUUUGAUCGACUUGUUGAAGAAAUGCUUCCUAAAGUUCACAAUCACUUACAGGCACAAGGAAUAAAUUCUUCAAUGAUAUAUGAUACUAUUUUCACGGAGGGAAUUGAAGCUAUAUUUCGAUUUAGUAUUGCACUUUUAAAGAAAAAUGAAAAAAGAAUUGUAGAAAUGGAAUUUGAAACACUUUUAGAAUAUUUAAAAAGUGGAUUAUUUGAAAAUUAUCAGAUUAACCAUACCGGAGUUUUAGCUCAACUGGUCAAAGAAACACAAUAUCAUACUAACGAUUUUGUUAAAGAUGCAUAUGAUAUACGGAUUACUCCUAAAAAGUUAAAUAAAUAUCAACAGGCAUAUUAUGCACAUCAAGAAGCUGAAAAAAGAAAGUUAUUAGCAGAAGCUGAAGCAAUAGAAAAAUUACGGUCAAAUAACAUUCAAUUAUCAAGUCGUGUCAAACAAUUAGAAGGUAGUCUACAAACACUUAAUAGAGAACACGUAGAAUUAGCUAAUGAACUAAUUAAUACUAGAAUGGAGUUAGCAAAAUCAAAUGAUGAAAAUAAAGAACUACAUUCAACAGUAGAAGAAUUACACAAAAUAGUUGAACUUCAACCAGCAGAAAUCGAAGCUAAAUUAAGGGAAGAAAUGAAUAUUUUAGCCAAAAAAAAUAUUAGUCUUGUACAAAAGAAUAAUCUCUUGGAAGAUCAAUUAGCAAAUUUAGAAAAUAUGUUAAUUGAAAGUAAAAUGAGAUAUGCUGAAAGUGAAAAUGAAAGAGAAGUAUUACAAAGGAAAUGGAAUGAUUUAAAAAAGGCUUUAGGUUGA